AAAUCUAUUAAAACAGCUAGGGUUUCCACUAUUUUUCUCCUCCUCUCUCUGCUCGGCUGCUUCAACCAAAUCGAAGCUAGGGUUUUGCAGGGAGCUUUAAAACGACAAUGACGACCGUCGUUCCCACCUCCGAAGAAGAUCCCGUCCUCCCCGUCGUCCGAUUCACGGCCGACCUCUCUUGGGCUGAUGCCGGUCCUGAGGUUGCGGAACCGCUAGUGACGAGGCUUUGUAUGGAAGCGCAAGAGUGUAUGGUGAUGGGAAGAUGGUUGGAUUUGGCUUCUUUAAUGCUUACUUCUGCUGAGUUGGUCUUUCCCAAGGUCUCUGAUAAAGAUCUCGAGUGUAUCUUCACUGUUAUCUGCAAUCUAGCCUCAAAGCUCGAAAAUCCAGAUGAUGAACUUGAGAUGGCAAAGCUCAUAUCUACAAAAAUCAGUCAACAACCAAAUGAUAAGCCUGCAAUGCGUUUAAAGAUCUUGUUCAAUCUCUACAAUUUGUUGGAAGGCCCAGAUAGCCGGUUCUUUGUGUACAUGCAAGCCUUAAAUUUAGCACUGAAUGGGAAAGUUAUUGAUCAUAUUGUACCAUCUUUCAAGAAGAUAGAUAGUUUCUUGAAGGAGUGGAAUAUUGGGGUCAAGGAUCAAAGGAACCUCUUUCUUACCAUUGCAAAUGUACUGAAAGAAAACAAAAGCUCGGGAAAGGAUUCUUUCAAAUUCUUGACCAAGUAUUUGGCAACUUUCUCUGGUGAGGACUCAUGUGUAAUUGGUGAAGCCAAGGAGGAAGCUGUUCGUGCUGUCAUAGAAUUUGUGAAGGCACCUGACACGUUUUGGUGUGAUCUAUUAGAUAUGCCUGCUGUAGGGCAAUUGGAGAAGGAUGCUAAAUAUGCACUGGUUUAUCAGCUUCUGAAGAUCUUUUUGACUCAGCGAUUAGAUGCCUACCUGGAAUUUCAGGCUGCAAAUUCUACCUUAAUGAAAAGCUAUGGUCUUGUUCACGAAGAUUGUAUAACAAAGAUGAGGUUGAUGUCAUUGGUUGAUCUUGGCUCUAAUGAAUCUGGACAAAUUCCAUAUGCCCUCAUCAAGGAUGCUCUUAGGAUCAAUGAUGAUGAGGUGGAAUUGUGGAUUGUUAAGGCUAUAACUGCUAAGUUAAUCGACUGUAAAAUGGAUCAGAUGAACCAGGUUGUGAUUGUAAGCCGCUGUACUGAGCGCAUUUUUGGACAGCAUCAGUGGCAUUCUCUUCGGUUGAAACUAGCAACAUGGAGGGGUAAUGUUGAUAGCCUCAUCAGCACCAUCCAAGCUAACAAGGUUGUGGAAGAAGGCUCACAAGCUAUGCAAGGGAUGGCAAUUCGGUAGAGCUAUUAUUUAUAACUAUUUAUGUUUGGAAGGCGUUGUUUAUCCAAGAAUAUAGAUCAGAUUUAAAUUUCUACUGUUUUUAGUGUUCCUGUGGUUUUGAAAUCCUAAUGAAUUGGAAAUUUUGACGGUGCAUUUCUUGAUUCUAUCUUGUUCACAAGUCUAGCUAUGCAAAAUUUUAUCUAAA